GUAUCUGAUGCAGUGCGAGCGCUUCCUUUUGAUAUCAUCACUGAGAUUUUGAGCUGGUUGCCUGUAGAUUCUUUGCUAAGGUUCAAGUGUGUGUGCAAAAAAUGGCGUUCCUUGCUUCUAGACUACAAUUUCAUUGCAAAACAUAUGAUGUGGCUGGCUUGCUUCUGGAGGAGAGUCUUACUUCUCGAGUUUUCCGAAUCAGAAACUUUGCAACGCAUCAAGUACUUUACUUGCCUGAUGCACACGGGAAAUCUAGGUCAGUGGGUUUUGUUUUUGAUUCAUCCACUGGUGAGUGUAAAGCGGCAUGUUUUCAUUGGAAACAGGAGGGUGACUCUGGCUUUGAAGUAGCCUUUGAAGUUCUAAGUAUCGGAAAGGAUGAUCGAUGGAGGACUCUGAAGCUGCCCAAGCAAAAUGGCGAACCGUACGUGGGACGAUAUUUUACAGCAGCUAAGGAAGAAGGGGCCGCUCAUCUGGUGGAAAUUAUUAGAGAUGGACAAGAUUUCAAGCUAGAAGUUCAAUCUCUUGAUAUAUGGAGUGAACGUUUCACCAUUGCCACUCUGCCCCGGGGAGCUUUCUUAGACUUGAAAAGAGUUACAAUUUUUCUUUGGAAUUACUAUGUAGCUGUUGCUGAUAUAGUAGAGGAAUCCCUUAACGUCUUGGUGUUGGAAGACUUCAAGGAACACAAAUGGAGGAAGAUCAUUGUUCCCUUGAAAUUCUUGAAGGACAAUCCAGGUUUAAAAGAUGAGAUUUGCCCUCAAGGAAUUUGGCUAAAUGACCUCCAGUUGCACAAUGGAAUGAGAAAGUAUAUUCUCGUGUAUGAUAUGGAAAGGAAGGUGAUCAAGGCGACGCAUACCAAGUCUGUGGAGAAAAUAUAUGAAUUCCGAAAGCCAAGCCUGGUUACUCUCAAGGGAAUGAAGAAUGAAUACUAGGGAGCAGUUAUUAUUUCCGUACCAUGGAA